AUGGACCCCAGGAAAGUUCACAGUAGCAACAUCGACCAGCACAGUCAAAAGACUGUAAACUCUGAAGAUCGGUUAUUCGUGCUGGAGUCUUCUGAAACCGUAAGCCACUCCUUAUCAACCCCUUUGGACAACAUAUAUGCAUGUGAUGGGGGAGGCGGGUUUCUGGUCGGUAUUAGAAGCAAUGAGAAUGGUUGGAGAUUUCCAAAUGGCCUUCAAGACACAGCUUCUGAAGAUGCGCAGUCACCUGAUGAGGAAGGGGAUCUAAUCAACAAAAAAAGUAGGCAGGCGUUUGAAGCUUUGGCUAACAGUGAGCUUCAGAGAGCCAUUGGGCUGUUCACAGAAGCCAUUGGGUUGAAUCCACAUCUUCCCAAUUUGUACCUAAGCAGAGCCAAUGUCUUUGUGCAGCUGGAAGACCUGCAGGCUGCCAUUGGAGACUGCGACACAGCCAUUCGACUCAAUCCCAAUGCAUCACAGCCGUUCAAAUUGCGAGGAAAAGUACUCCAGAUUUUGGGCCGUUGGACAGAGUCGGCAUGUGACUUUGCUUUAGCGUGCAAAUUGGAUUACGAUGCCGAGGUCGACGCUGUGCUGAAGAGACUGAAGAUGGAGUUUGAAAGGAUUUUGGUGAGACAGGCUGAGCAUAUGGCCCCAAGACUUCAGGAGCCCACGAUAGUGGAGAUUGCGAAGAAGGGACAAGCAACUUCACAGGGGCAAGGAAACAGCUGGAGAGAGGACGCUCCUGGCGUGCCUUUGAAGAAUGGCACAGAGGAGUCAAUCAUGCUGGCCCCUACUGGUUAUCCGCAAGAGAUGAUACAUGAAAAUAUGGAGAUUGCAGCUCAGACGUGGAAGCGGGCAAGCAAAAAAAAGGAGGAGGCCCUUGCUGCUGUGGAGAAAGGUCAACUGCCAAGGGCCAUUGCCCUGUUUACUGAAGCGAUCAAAUUAAACCCCCGUGUUCCUGACUUGCAUACAAGCAGAGCCAAGACUUUCCUGCAGCUGCGUCUAGCCAAUGCUGCCAUAAGAGACUGCAACCGAGCUAUAUCCCUGAACCCUCACUCAGCAUUAUCAUAUAAGUGCCGGGGGGCAGCGUACCGUCACGUCCGACACUGGCAAGAGGCCGCUGAAGAUCUGGCUUUGGCCUGUCAAUUAGAUUAUGACGAAAGCACCUAUGCAAUGCUAGAGGAGGUCCAAGCCGAGGCCCGCAAAAUGACUCUGCCGGCAGGGCGUGACAAGGAUGCCACUUCUGAAGUACAAGGACCGAGAGAUCAGGAAGGAGAUCGACAAAAAUGUGUAGAGAAAUCUGAGAGUGAGGAAGUUGAUCUGGACGUUGACACUCUAGAGGUGGCAGAACCAGACGAUGACGCCUCACAAGAGAUGGGGGACGAAAGGUUGCAGGUGACGGAAGAAAUGCGGAAACAGGCCAGUGAAUGGAAGAGGGAGGGCUGUGAUGCAGUCAAUAAGGGAGACCUUAUAGGAGCAAUCAAGCUCUUCACCAAGGCCAUUAAACUCAAUCCACACCUUACCACCUUAUACGCAAACCGGGCCAGCGUCUAUCUGAAGCUUGGUAACCCCUCUUCUGCCAUCAGAGACUGUGAUAAAGCCAUACAGCUGAACCCUGAUUUGGCACAACCUUACAAGUGGAGAGGAAAAGCAUGGUGGCUACUUGGUUACUGGCAGAAGGCUGAACAGGAUCUUGCCAUGGCUUGUCAGCUGGAUUAUGAUGAAGAAUCCUAUGCUAUGUUAAAGGAGGUACAACCGAAGGCUCUGAAAAUUGCCAGAUACUGCAGGAAGCAUGAGCAGAAACGGGAGGAAAGAAAAUGUAACGAUGGACUGGAUAAAAUUCAGAAAGCUCGUGGAAAACACGAAGGAAUUCAAACGAGCCAAGCAGAGCCAGAAAACGAUCACAGCAGAACUACAGAAUGCCAAUGGAGCAUUCGGGGGCAAAGUGUAAAAGAACAACAAAAUGUCAGAAAGGCAGCACUAAGGAAACAGGAGGGCACAGGUCAAAAGGAGCUGGAGGGAAGUCUGCAGGAAGACGUGAGGCAGCAAUGGAUAUCUUACAAAGAGACUGCAGAACAAGAAAAUUUUCAGCAAAACUUAUUGGAAGAACGAGGACAUUCUCAGCCCAAAGAACUCAAAAAUCAUGGAUUGGUCCAGCACAAAGAGUUGGAAGAAAAGUUGAGAGAACUUCAAGAGGAGUUGGAGGAAAAACUGAGAGCUCAAGAAGAAGAACUGGAAAGAUCACAGCAGAAGAUACUGAAACAGCAAGAGGAAGCCUCCCAAAAGCUCCUAGAAGAACAAGAGAGAGCCCACAAAAUGGCUUUAGAGGAACUAGCAACUGUUCAGCAACUGGCUCUGGAUGAGCUGGCAAUAGCUCAGAAGAAAGCUUUGGAAGAGCAGGGAAGAGCUCAGCAGCAGGCUCUGGAGGAACAGGAAAGAGCUCAGAAAGUAUUGGAAACAGCUCAUAAGCAGACACUGGAGGAACAGGAAAGAGCUCAGAUGGCAACAAGAAUAGAACAGGAGCAAGCACAGAAAAAAUCUUUAGAAGAAAAGAAGAGGAUUGAGGCAGCACUAGAAGAACUUGCAAAUACUCAGAGAAAGAUCCUACACGAACAACAAAAGGCUGAGAAGAAAGUAUUGAAGGAAAAAGAGCUCGUAAAAAAGGCUCAAGAAGAACUUUCAGAAAUCAAGAAAAAAAUCCUAGAGGACCUGGAAAAAGCCAAGAAAGCAAAGCGAGAACGAGAGAUGGCUGAGGCAGCCCUGGAAGAGCUUUCAAAGACUCAUAGGAAGGUCACAGAAGAACAAGAAAGAGCUGAGGAGAAAGCAAAGGAGGAACGAAAGAUGGUUGAAGCACACCUAGAAGAACUUGUGAAGAUUCAGAAAAAGAUCCUUGAUGCACAAGAAGAAGCAGAAAAGAAAGCAAUGCAUGAAACACAGAGAGCUCAAAAAGCCAAGGAAGAACUUUCAGAAAUUCAGCUAAUGAUCCUUGAAGAACAAGAAAGAGCUAAAAAAGCAAGACAGGAACGAGAAAUUACUCAUAGGAAGGUCAUUGAAGAGCAGGAAAUGACUGAAAAGAAAGCAAAAGAAGAAAGGAAGAUGACUGAAGCAGACCUAGAAGAACUUGGGAAAAUUCAGAAGAAGAUCCUGGAUGAACAAAAAGAAGCAGAAAAUAAAGCAAUGUUUGAAAUACAGAAAGUUCAAAAAGCCAAGGAAGAACUUUCAGAAAUGGUGUCAAAGGUCCUCGAUGAACGGGAAAAGACUAAAAAAGCAGCAGAAGAACUAGAUAGGAUCAUGGCAGAUUUGGAAGAACUUGCAAAGACUCACAGGAAGGUUGUAGAGGAACAGGAAGAAGCUGAGAGGAAAGCAAAAGAGGAACGAAAAAUGGCUGAAGCAGACCUAGAAAAACUUGAAAAAAUUCAGAGAAAGAUCCUAGAUGAACAAGAAGAAGCAGAAAAGACAGCAAUGUAUCAUAUCCAGACAGCUCAAAAAGCCAAGGAAGAACUUUCAGAAAUUCAGAUAAAGGUCCUUGAAGAACAGGAAAGGGCUAACAAAGCAACAAAAGAACGAGAAAUAGCAGAGUCAGCAUUGGAAGAGUUUUCAAUGAUUCAUAGGAGAGUUCUAGAAGAACAGGAAAGAGCUGGAAAAAAAGCAAUGCAAGACAGAAUGGUAGCUGAGGCAGCCCUGGAAGAGCUCUCAAAGAAUCAUAAGAAGAUCCUAGAAGAACAAGAAGGAGCUGUGAAGAAAGCGAAGGAGGAUAGAGAGAUGGCUGAAGCAGACCUAGAAGAACUUGCAAAAGUUCUGGGAAACAUCCUAGAUGAACAGGAAGAAACAGAAAAGAAAGCAAUGCAUCAUAUCCAGACAGCUCAAAAAGCCAAGGAAGAACUUUCAGAAAUUCAGAUAAAGAUCCUUGAAGAACAGGAAAGAGCUAAAAAAGCAAGACAGGAACGAGAAAUUGCUGAAGCAACCCUGGAAGAACUUACAAAGAAUCAUAGGAAGGUCAUAGAAGAGCAGGAAAGGGCUGAGAUGAAAGCAAAGGAGGGACGAAUGAUGGUUGAGGCAGACCUAGAAAAGAUUGCAAAAAUUCAGGGAAAGAUCCUAGAUGAAAAAGAAGCAGAAAAGAAAGCAAUAUGUCAUAUUCAGACAGCUCAAAAAGCCAAGGAGGAACUUUCAGAAAUUCAAUUAAUGAUCCUUGAAGAACAAGAAAGAGCUAAAAAAGCAAGACAGGAACGAGAAACUGCUGAAGCAAUCCUGGUAGAACUUACAAAGACUCAUAGGAAGGUCAUAGAAGAGCAGGAAAGGGCAGAGAGGAAAGCAAAGGAGGAACGAAUGAUGGUUGAAGCAGACCUAGAAGAGCUUGCAAAAAUUCAGAGAAAAAUCCUAGAUGAACAAGAAGAAAAAGAGAAGAAAGCAAUGUAUCAUAUCCAGACAGCUCAAAAAGCCAAAGAAGAAUUUUCAGAAAUUCAGAUAAUGAUCCUUGAAGACCAAGAAAGAGCUAAAAAAGCAAGACAGGAGCGAGAAAUUGCUGAAGCAACCCUGGAAGAACUUAUAAAGACUCAUAGGAAGGUCAUAGAAGAACAUGAAAUAGUGGAGAGGAUAGCAAAGGAGGGACGAAUGAUGGUUGAAGCAGACCUAGAAGAGCUUGCAAAAAUUCUGAAAAACAUCCUAGAUGAACAGGAAGAAGCAGAAAAGACAGCCACAACGGAAGCUGAGGCAGCCGUGGAAGAGCUCUCAAAGAAUCAUAAGAGGAUCCUAGAAGAACAAGAAGCAGCUGUGAAGAAAGCGAAGGGGGAUAGAGAGAUGGCUGAAACAGACCUAGAAGAACUUGCAAAAGUUCUGGGAAACAUCCUAGAUGAACAGGAAGAACCAGAAAAGAAAGCAACGUAUCAUAUCCAGACUGCUCAAAAAGCCAAGGAAGAACUUUCAGGAAUUCAGAUAAAGAUCCUUGAAGAACAGGAAAGAGCUAAAAAAGCAAGACAGGAACGAGAAAUUGCAGAAGCAACCCUGGAAGAACUUACAACGACACAUAGGAAGGUCAUACAAGAGCAGGAAAGGGCUGAGAGGAAAGCAAAGGAGGAACGAAAGAUGGCUGAAGCAGACCUAGAAGAAAUUGCAAAGAUUCAGAGAAAGAUCCUAGUUGAACAAGAAGAACUGGAACAGAAAGCACUGUAUCAUAUCCAGACAGCUCAAAAGGCCAAGGAAGAACUUUCAGAAAUUCAGAUAAAGAUCCUUGAAGAACAAGAAAGAGCUAAAAAAGCAAGACAGGAACGAGAAAUUGCUGAAGAAACCCUGGAAGAACUAACAAAGACUCAUAGGAAGGUCAUAGAAGAGCAUGAAAGGGCUGAAAGGAUAGCAAAGGAGGGAAGAAUGAUGGCUGAAGCAGACCUAGGAAAGCUUGCAAAAAUUCAGAGAAAGAUCCUAGAUGAACAACAACAAGAAGAAAAGAAAGCAAUGCAUCAUAUCCAGACAGCUCAAAAAGCCAUGGAGGAACUUUCACAAAUUCAGAUAAAGAUCCUUGAAGAACAAGAAAGAGCUAAAAAAGCAAGACAGGAACGAGAAAUUGCUGAAGCAAUCCUGGAAGACCUUACAAAGACUCAUGGGAAAGUCAUAGAAGAGCAUGAAAGGGCUGAGAGGAAAGCAAAGGAGGAACGAAAAAUGGCUGAAGCAGACCUAGAAGAGCUUGCUAAAAUCCAGAGAAAGAUCCUAGCUGAACAAGAAGAACUGGAACAGAAAGCAAUGUAUCAUAUUCAGACAGCUCAAAAAGCCAAGGAGGAACUUUCAGAAAUUCAGAUAAAGAUCUUUGAAGAGCAGGAAAGAGCUAAAAAAGCAAGACAGGAACGAGAAAUUGCUGAAGCGACCCUGGAAGAACUUACAAAGACUCAUAGGAAGGUCAUAGAAGAACAUGAAAGGGCUGAGAGGAAAGCAAAGGAGGGACAAAUGAUGGCUGAAGCAGACCUAGAAGAAGUUGCAAAUAUUCAGAGAAAGAUCCUAGGUGGACAAGAAAAACUGGAACAGAAAGCAAUGUAUGAAAUACAGAGAGCUCGAAAAGCCAAAGAGGAACUUUCAGAAAUUCAGAUAAAGAUCCUAGAAGAACAAGAAAGCGCUAAAAAGGCAAAGCAGGAACGAGAAAUUGCUGAAGCAACUCUGGAAGAACUUACAAAGGCUCACGGGAAGGUCAUAGAAGAGCAUGAAAGGGCUGAGAGGAAAGCAAAGGAGGAACGAAAGAUGGCUGAAGCAGACCUUGAAGAAAUUGCAAAGAUUCAGAGAAAGAUCCUAGGUGAACAAAAAGAACUGGAACAGAAAGCAAUGUAUGAAAUACAGAGAGCUCGAAAAGCCAAGGAGGAACUCUCAGAAAUUCAAAGAAAGAUCCUAGAAGAACAGGAACAGGCUGAAAAAGUAGUGAAAGAGCGAGAGUUUGCUGAGGCAGCCCUAAAAGAACUUUCAAGGAUUCAUGAGGCAGUCCUAGAAGAGCAGGCUAUGGCUGAGGAAAAAGCAAGAAAGAUAGAAAAAGCAAGACGAGAAGAAGAACUGAUCAAAAUCCAGGGAAUGGUGCUCCAAGAACAAGAAAGGGCGAAGAAAGCAGUCAAAGAAAGGCAUGUGGCUGAGGCUGCCCUGGCAACACUUUCAGAGAUUCACAGGCAGACCUUGCAAGAUCAGGAAAAGGCUGAGCAGAAAGUGAUUAAAGAAACGGAGAACAUGCAGAAGGCCCAGGAAGAACUUUCAAAGAUCCUGUGUAAGUCCCAAGAAGAACAGGAAAAGGCUAACAAAGCCAUAAGAGAGAGAGAAACAGCUGAGGCAGCCCUGAAAGAAUUUUCAGAGGUUCAAAGAAAGGUCUUGGAAGAACUGGAAAGGGUGGAGAAAAGAGCAGUAAAAGAGAGGGAGAAUGCACAGCGAGCCCAAGAAGAACUGGCGCUUGCUCAAGGAAAGGCUCUGGAGGAGCUGGAGGCAACUCGGAGAAAGAUCACAGAAGAAACGGAAAGUGCUCAACAAAAGGCCCAAGAAGAGCAGAAGAGAGCACAGCUGGCGAUGGAAGAAUUGGAGAAAGCACAUGAUAGAGCCAUGGAGAAACAGCAGAGAAUUCAGAAGGUAGCCUUUGAAGAACAGAGGAAAGCUAGGAUGUUGCUCAAAGAACUAGAGAAAACACAGAAAAAGGCUUUGGAGAAACAAGAGAGAGAGCAGAAACUGGCCCUAGAUGAACAACUGAGAGCUCGCCAUGCCAUAGAGGAAUUGGGAAAACAUCGGAAAGUAGCUUUGGAAGAACAGAAGGCUGCCCUGGCAGAACAGCAGAAAGCAAAGAAGAUGCUUAAGGAACUGGAAGAAGCACAGAGAAAGGCUACGGAAGACUUGGCCAAGGCUCAGAAGGCUGCCCUAGACCAACAACAGAUGGCUGAGAAGAAGGCCUUGGAAGAACGGGAAAGAGCACGACUAGCCAUGGGAGAACUGGAGAGACCAAGACAGCAGGCCCCGGGGGAAAUGGGAAGAGCACCCAAUAAAAAUCCAAUGCCAACCCCAGAGGAUCUUGGGAAGGGUUCGUCGAGACCUUUACCAAAUUCUAUUUUGGACUUCCAUGAAACUGAGUGA